CACCUGGGGCCGUAGUCCGGCUCUCCAACCGUGCCCCGGCCAGUUUCCCGUCUCGCGUGCUGCCGCGUCCUCUCCAUGGCCAAGCCCAGCCCGAGCCCCAUCUCCUCGGGGGAGCUGCGCGGCCCGCGGACCUGCGACUGCGAGCUGGCCCUGCUGCCGCUGAGCCAGCUGCUGCCGCUGCAGCCCGACUGCUUCCAGCUGCGCGGGGACCAGCUGGCCGUGCUCCGCCCGCCGCGCUACCGGCCCGCCGGCGGCUUCACCGUGCUCAGCGAUGGCGCCCUGCACCACAACGGGCAGCGCCACUGCCGCCUCACCGGCCACUUCAAGAGGGAUGUAGAACUCACCAGCCAUCGUGAUUAUAAAGACUACAGAGAAACUAUACUAACCAGACCACUAGUAUUCUUCACAAAUGUCAGAACAAAAAAUUAUUCCUCAAAAGUUUCAGAAAAAACAUACGCACUUAUCGUGAACACGCGACAUCCUAAGAUGAGAAGACAGAUAGAGCAUGGUAUGAACACAGUAAUAUCCUCAGUGUUCGGAGAAAGUUACAAACUGCGGUUUGAUUUCCAAGAAGUUGUCAAGAAUUUUUUCCCUCCAGGAAGCCAUUUAGUUACCGGAGAAGACUUGAGCUUUUCCUAUGAGUUCAAAUCUGAUGCCCUGUUUGAUUUCUUCUAUUGGUUUGGGAUCAGCAAAAACACAGUUGCAGUGACUGGGAAAGUUUUGAAUUUGUCCAAUACCACUCCAGAAAAGAAAGAAAUAAGCACUAUGUUUCUAGAAAAAAUGGGUGAACCUUAUGUCCGUUUGAACAGUUUUUCAGACAGAAAAUUCAGUGCUACCUCAAGAGAUUCAAUAGAUGGUUUUAACUGCAGUCUGACACCACAGCCAUCUUUAACAAAUCCUCCUGUGAGAGUAUGUUGA